AUGACGGACCAGAAGGUUCAAAUUCCCGACCCCGGAACUCGCAUGGCAUUGGAAAACGACCUCACCCUGCGAAUUGUACUUAAGACUAAAUACAAACCUGACAAGUCCCGACGCUCUGCAGAUGUCAUACCGUGGGCAGAGAAACUUGCCGAGAGAGUCAGCCGCGCCGCAUUUGAAGAAGUUGGGAAACCAAAUGCCGAAUUUGAGAUAAGUCUGAAUAUAAUUCAGAUGCUCGGCUCGCCGGACUAUGUGUAUAUCUGUUACGAUAUCUUCCGCGCUGAUUGCGAUCAAAAUGUGCGACUCCAGAUAAAGGAGAGCUUGCAACAGCCAAUUCAUUACGCCAGUCGCAGAGGGGGUGUAUAUAUCAUGCGGAAAGAUCCGCGUAUUGAAGCAUUCGCAUCUGCAUCCUACACAGAGAUGAGGAAGCUCGACAAAGGAGAACUGCCGCUGUUUUCAGACUUGAGAUAUCCGCCGUGUUAUGUCUUUGGCAAACGCGUAGAAGAGCAAGGGCGGAGCCAGGAAGAAUGGCAACAGCUUCGGGCAGAGCGGAAGAAACGGAAUGCUCAGUAA